UAGGGAAUCACAGUGUAGCUUAUUGGGCAUGUGGAGUGCUCAAAAGAGAGACCGAGGUGCAACAGAUAAGGCUGAAAGAAAAGGUCUCAUAUGCUGAGGCAGUUAAUUUGGCAGGACAGAAGGACUAUAGGGAGUGACCAUUACCAAGUCUGGACUAAGAUUAAUAUAGAAAACUUGAUGACUGCAGAAAAUUCAGGUGGAAAAUGGAUGGGCGAAAUUUCUUGAAAAAAUGGGACAGAUACAUAAGUCAGAUUAAUGAGGGAAUGAAUGAAUGAAUGAAUGAAUGGAAACACUCGACAGGAAAAUAAAACAAGCCCUAAUACUGGCUGGAUUAAGAUCCAUUUCCAAAACUAAAGGCGGCAUGAGGAGGAAAGUAGUACCACAGUGGGACGAUAAGUGUAAGGAGGCAGUAAGAAAUACUGUUUGGACGUAUAUACUGCUGAAUUGUAUGCUAUUCUGACGGCAUUAGAGUGGAGCAAACAGGUUAACUGCCACUGUCAUUUGUUAAUUUUUAGUGAUUCAGUGUCAGCCCUCAAAGGCAUCAAUUCAGGCUCAGCCAGAUGUCAUCAGGAUUGGCUAUAUGAUAUCUUGAGUGCUAAAUCAAGAAUAGUUAGAUGGGAAAAAUGUGUUCAGGUGUCCUGGGAAAUGAGAGAGCAGACAAGAAGAAGCAGUCAGAAAGGGAUGUUGACGUCAGUAUUAAAUUAUCAAAAUUAGAGGGGAAAGUAGUGUGGAGGACUAUGACUUAACAGUGGCAACAGCAUUGGGAUAACACAAUAAAAGGGAGAAAUUUCCAGAGUGGGUAUACUAAGAAGUCAAGGAAAUAAGAGGAUAAAGCAAGUGAUACUAAGCAGGCAGAGAACUGGGCACAGCAACCUUAACAGAACACUUUUCAUCAUAGGAAAACACUCAACAGGCCUUUGCAGUCAGUUUCAUGAGGCAGGAACAGUUGAACAUAUUCUUAUAUCAUGCUGGAAAUGUAUUCAUGACAGACAGGAGGAGGACAACGUUAAAAGUAAGAGGAAGAGAGGAAAUCUCUCCAUAAAAUGGAUAAAGAUGGCGAAUGAAUCCUGAAGGUGGCAGUAAUGAAACAUCGUGGAUGUCAGCUGCCGUAAAACUUCAAAGAAGAAGAAGAAGGAAACGGAAGCCGAAGCAGGAGAAGAAACGACGAAGUUACCGUGUCGAUGGUUUGGUGCUUGAUAAACAGUUUUCUUCCUCAGGUAUACCCUUAAAAAGCAGCGCAGCACUAGAUUAUCUGAUUAAAAUAGUAAGUGCAAUGACUCGCCAUGGAAAGAACUGCACGGCCGGAGCUGUCUACACAUACCACGAGAAAAAGAAAGAUACAGCGGCAUCUGGUUAUGGAACACAGAGCAUUCGACUGGGCAAAGACGCGAUCAAAGACUUUGACUGCUGCUGCCUGUCCCUGCAGCCCUGUCAGGAUCCCGUGGUGACUCCAGAUGGAUACUUGUAUGAAAAACAGGCCAUUCUUGAAUACAUUCUCCACCAGAAGACAGAAAUUGCCAAAAAAAUGAAGGCAUAUGAGAAGCAGAAGCAAGCACAGAGGAGCAACAGCCAGCUUGAGUCGAAGUCGGUGGAAAGAGAGAGGGUGGAGAGGUUUAAAACCAGGGAGAACAGCAUUGUGUCCAAACCCAUCAACCCAUUCAGAUCUGGGCAGAACAGAGGAAGUGAGAAGGGCAAGACAGACAGCAGCCCAGCAGAACCCUCCACUGGUUCAGCUGCCACGUCCAGCCAAAGCCUGCCCAGUUUCUGGAUUCCUUCUCUGACACCAGAAUCCAAACCCACCCUGCUCAAGAAACCAAGUAAGGCUGUGUUAUGUCCCAUGUCAGGACGACCCAUUAAGAUGAACGAGCUUAUCACAGUCUGUUUCACCCCGCUGGACUCGAGCCUGGACAGAGUGGCCCUGCUCACCCGCCAGGACAGGUAUGUAUGUGCAGUAACCAGAGAUGUCCUGGGCAACAGUGUUCCCUGUGCUGUUCUGCGACCCUCGGGUACUGUGGUAACUCAGGAGUGUGUGGAGAAGUUAAUCAAGAAGGACAUGAUUGAUCCUGUGACUGGAGACCAACUGUCCGACAAAGACAUCAUACCACUGCAGAGGGGGGGGACUGGCUUCGCUGCCUCCGGGGUUGACCUGCGUGCCAAAGAGGCUCGUCCAGUGAUGCAAGUGUGACACUGUAGGAUCUGAAGACUGGACAGCGUUGUCACAAACAUGUUCUGUACGUCCUGGCUAUAGUUCUGUGACGUGUAAAUGGGUGUAUUUUUGUAACAUAUUCCUCCCAGCAUGUCCACAACUUUCAACUGUUUUGAUGGCCUUUGUAUAUUUUUCUUGUUCUCAUGGGUAACUAGCAAUUGUAUUUCUUUUUUCAGUCUAUCAUAGAUGUUUUGUCAUUCAUGUGAAACACAAUUCUUUCCUGAAUGACAUGUCUAUCUUUAAAGUUGAUGAUGGCUGCAGAGCUGAUUAUUGGCAGAAGAUGCCGCUUUUCAAGGACCUUUCUUUACUGUCAGGUUGCAAACUUUAUGGCUCUACAUAGGACUGGUCUUUUGAUAAUAUUCAUUGCCUUGUGCUCCAGAAUGUAUGAGAAGUUAAAUUCAAAGCUACAAGAAUAGUUUCACAGGAUUUAAGCUGGUGAUAAUAAAGCCUCUCCAAAUGUUAUAUCCUGAUAAAUGUGUCUCAUUUAACUGAUGUUAGUUUAAGCUGCUUAGCUGCUGUAUGUGAUAGUCAGGGCCAAGCUUUACUGCAUAUUUGUCAUAGUAAUAGUGUGUGUGUGUUAUGUUAAUGUAUUUGAGACUCACUUUAUAUCUUUGACUGCUUUCAUCAAAGUCAGCACACCUAAUUGACAACAGUAGACAUGAUGUCAGGGAUCACAUCUAAAGAGUUUCAAGUCAUAAUCAUUAAACAUAUGGAAACCAAAGGCUGGCU